CCACUAGAAAUUUGCCGACAGAAAAGUCAGAAAAAGUGUUUGUAAUCAGUGACUGGCGUUUUCACAUAAAUAUUAGAAGAAUAACAAAUUCGUCCAACACCUGAGUUACUCGCAAUUACGACUUAACAUCGACUAGUUUCCCAUAUAAAGUAUCAACCAUGGAGUCGAUAGCCACAGAUUCUGGUAAGAUCGUGAAGAUGGAAGUGGAUUACACCUCCGCUUGCGACGACAAGAUCCCAGAAUGCAAGAAACUUGCAAAAGCAGGAAAAAUGCAUGAUGCACUUGACUGUCUUCUGGCAUUCGAGAAGCAAACCAGGACUGGAGCUGAUAUGGUAUCAACUGGCCGUGUCCUUGUUGCUAUUGUACAAAUCUGCAAAGAAGCUAACAACUGGCCAGCCCUGAACGAGCACAUCAUGAUGCUUUCCAAGCGCCGUUCUCAAUUGAAACAAGCAGUUGCUAAGAUGGUACAGGAAUGCUGCACCUAUGUAGAUUUAACCCCAGACAAGGAGGUCAAAGUUAAACUUAUUGAUACCUUAAGGCAAGUCACUGAGGGCAAGAUUUACGUGGAAGUUGAGCGCGCCAGAUUGACGCAUAAAUUGGCGAAUAUCCGCGAGGAAGAAGGGGAUAUAACUGAAGCUGCGAAUAUCAUACAGGAAUUGCAAGUGGAAACAUAUGGUUCCAUGGAGAAGAGGGAGAAGGUUGAAUUGAUCUUGGAACAAAUGCGCUUGUGUUUGGCCAAGGAGGAUUACAUUCGCACGCAGAUUAUCUCCAAGAAAAUUAACACUAAAUUCUUUGAUGAUGAAAGCACUCAAGACUUGAAGUUGAAGUAUUACAGGUUGAUGAUGGAGAUGGAUCAACAUGAGGGAUCUUAUUUGGCUACAUGCAAGCAUUAUAGGGCUGUUUUGAAUACUACAUCCAUUCAGGCUGUGCCUGAGGACAAGCAGAACGCGGCUCAAGCCGUUGUCCUUUACUUGGUUUUGGCUCCUCACGAUAACGAGCAAGCCGAUCUUACUCACAGAGUUUUGGCUGAUAAAAUCCUAGAGGAAAUACCUUUGUUCAAGGAACUGUUGAAGCUCUUCACAACUUCCGAGCUGAUUAAAUGGUCUGCGCUUUGCGAGCAAUACGAGAAGGUCUUGAAAGCAACGCCAGUCUUCAACGGAAACGAUGAUCAGAGCAAGCAGAGAUGGAAGGACAUGAGGAAUAGAGUUGUCGAGCAUAACAUUCGCGUGAUGGCCAAGUACUACACCCGCAUUAAGUUGGCGCGUAUGGCCGAGCUUUUGGAUCUGAGCACCGGAGAAACUGAAGAGUUCUUGUCGCAGAUGGUCGUUUCGAAGACGGUGACAGCUAAAACGGAUCGUCCAUCCGGCGUUGUCCACUUCCAACAGAGCAAGGACCCCAGCGACGUGCUCAACGACUGGGCCCAUGACCUCUCCUCACUGAUGGGUCUGGUCAAUAAGACCACUCAUCUCAUCAACAAGGAAGAGUGCAUCCACAAACAUCUAGCUGUUACCGCCUAAAUCCUUUACUAAUAUUUUCAUUCAAAAAGAAGCAAAUAUAUCUAUCUGUUUGAUAG